AACUGUUUUCGUCAAUCUCUCUAUCUCUCUCUGUGGUUUGUGAAUGAAAGCAGCGACGCUGAUUUGUUCGUUUUCCGGCGAUUCCGAAAAGUUCCGAUUGAUUCGAUAACUGUACUUGCUGUUUGUUUCUGCAUUUGAUUGAAGAAAUUUGGUGAUUGAGGUGAAAAGAGAGUGAGAGAGAGAGAGAGAUGGAUGAUAGAGGAGGAUCGUUCGUAGCAGUGAGAAGGAUUUCACAAGGUCUAGAACGAGGAAGUGUUUAUCAUUCUUCUUCUGCUGAGGUUGUAGCUGGAUCGGCAGCGUGGUUAGGCCGUGGCCUUUCCUGUGUUUGUGUUCAGGGAAGAGACGGUGACCCCCGUCCUUCAUUUGAUCUAACGCCUGCUCAGGAGGAAUGCCUGCAGAGGUUGCAAAGCCGCAUUGAUGUUGCCUAUGACAGCUCAAUAUCUCAGCAUCAGGAAGCUCUGAAGGAUCUUUGGAAACUUGCCUUUCCUGAAGAAGAGCUACACGGAGUUGUAUCUGAGCAGUGGAAGGAAAUGGGUUGGCAAGGAAAAGAUCCUUCAACAGAUUUUAGGGGUGGUGGUUUUAUUUCACUUGAAAACUUGUUGUACUUUGCUAGGAAAUUCCCGAAAUCCUUCCAAGACCUUCUGCGGAAACAGGUUGGGGAUCGUUCAGUGUGGGAAUACCCCUUUGCUGUUGCUGGCAUCAAUAUAACAUUCAUGCUCAUCCAGAUGCUUGACCUCGAAGCAGUGAAACCACGAAGUAUCGUUGGGGAAACAUUUCUGAGAUUCCUUUCGGCAGUGAAUGAAUCUGCGUUUGACCUUCUUUAUUGCAUUGCCUUCAAGCUAAUGGAUCAGCAAUGGCUCUCCAUGCGUGCUUCAUACAUGGAGUUUAACACUGUAAUGAAAUCGACAAGGCGGCAACUGGAGAGAGAGAUUAUGGUUGAAGACAUUACAAGUCUCGAAGAUUUGCCCUCAUACAGUCUUCUCAGUCAAUAGCAAAUAGCUUACCAAAGACUACUUUGUUCAGAUUUUGUUUCCUAUGGGGUCAGUUUUUCUAACUUGUGGUGCUUGUAAAACGUUGUUGGCUAGUUGGUGUUUGGGCUAAUAAUCAUUUGGUUACAUUUCCAGUACUCAGAAGACUCAAACAAUGACUCUCAACAUUCAAUAGCUAUCUUUUAUGUAGCGCAUUUCAAAUUUACA